GGAAAGAUAAAAAAAAAAAGGCUAACCUCCAAGCCAAAGCUAACUAAUCUCUAACCAACCUUCUUCUCAUCUUUCUCUCCACACUCGACCCAAAUCACCCAAUUGAAAAUUGAAAGCUAAGUAGAAAGGUACUUCCUCUCCCCUUCCCCUUCCUCUCCAAGCUCUUCAGUCCCUUUAAAGAGCUUCUCACAGAAACCUGAGUCUUGCUUUCCUCUCUCUCAUUAAUCCACUUCAACUCUACAAAGAAGGCUGCUUGUGGGUGUGGGGGGUGGGGGAGAGAGUUUAGUUUCCUCUUUUCUUUUUUCUGGGGCUGCAUGAUGACUCUUACAAUCUCAUGGAAUUUGGGAAUACGCUUAGAAUAGGAUACAAAUCGCGGACAACAAGCGGAUGACUGGAGCCUUGAAAAUUAGUGGGUUUUGGAGAGUUCAGAAUUUUAUAUAAGAUGUUUGGGUGCAAGUGUUUCUAUUGGAAUAGAGUCUCCGAUUACUUUUUGCCAGAACCAGAGCUUUUUUCGCUUCCAGCGCCCAUCCGGGAAUGGCCUGAAGGCCAAGGCUUUGGUACCGGAAGAAUAUGUCUAGGAGAAAUAGAAGUUAUUAAGAUCACCAAGUUUGAAAGUAUUUGGAGCUGCAAUUUUUUGAAUGACAAGAGGAAUGGUAUUAUAUUCUAUAAGCCGACAGGAAUACCAGAUGAUUUCUACAGCCUUGGUCACUACUGUCAACCAAAUGACCAGCCUUUACGAGGGUUUGUUCUUGUGGCUAGAGAUGUGGCUACUCAUGAAACAGAAGUUGGCCAUUUAUGCAACAUGUUUGAAGAGUUCCCAGCUCUUAGAAAGCCCCUUGACUAUAUAUUAGUUUGGAGCACAGAUGAAUGGAGUGAGGACAAUCAUGAUGGAUGUGGUUACUUUUGGUUACCACAACCACCUGAAGGUUAUAAAGCUAUGGGCCAUGUGGUUACCAACACGCCAAACAAGCCUUCACUUGAAGAAGUGAGAUGUGUUCGGGCUGAUCUCACAGAGACCUGUGAGGCUUAUUCUUUAAUAUUUGAUACUGAUUCAAGUAUUCACAAGUUCCCAUUUCGGGUCUGGAACACAAGACCAUGCCAUCGGGGGAUGCUGGGGAAAGGUGUUUCUGUUGGGACAUUUUUCUGCAGUAGCUAUUUGAGUUCUGAGGAUGAGCUGAGCAUUGCAUGCUUGAAGAAUGGUGAUCCAACUCUACAUGCAAUGCCAAAUCUAGACCAGGUCCAUGCACUCAUCAAGAACUACGGACCCACUGUUUUCUUCCAUCCUGAUGAGAUUUAUUUGCCCUCCUCUGUGCCAUGGUUUUUUAAAAAUGGUGCUUUGUUGUACCAAAAAGGUAAAUCAGCUGGAGAGGCGAUUGAUUCUAGAGGUUCAAAUUUGCCAAGUGGUGGGUCUAAUGAUGGAGAGUUUUGGAUUGACUUGCCGAAUGAUGACCAGAAUAACAUCAAAUAUGGCAACAUAGAAAGUGCAGAAUUGUAUGUUCAUGUGAAGCCAGCUCUAGGAGGAACCUUCACUGAUAUUGUAAUGUGGAUUUUUUGCCCAUUCAAUGGGCCAGCCACAAUCAAGGUUGGGGCAGUUAAUUUUGCACUUAAUAGGGUAGGGCAGCAUGUGGGUGAUUGGGAACAUUUCACACUCCGUGUGAGUAACUUCACUGGUGAGCUCUGGAGUAUGUACUUCUCACAGCACAGUGGGGGAGAAUGGGUGGAUGCUUGUAACUUGGAGUUCAUUAAGGGAAACAAGGCAAUUGUUUACUCAUCAAAGAGUGGUCAUGCAAGCUUUGCACAUCCUGGAAACUAUAUUCAAGGAUCUACAAAGCUGGGGAUAGGAGUUAGGAAUGAUGCUGCUCAAAGCAACUUUUUUGUGGAUUCAAGCAUCAAGUAUCAAAUUGUUGCAGCAGAAUAUCUUGGAGAUGGAAUUGUUACUGAGCCUUGUUGGUUGCAGUUUAUGAGAGAGUGGGGUCCAACCAUUGUGUACAAUUCAAGAUCUGAACUGGAAAAGAUUAUCAGUCUUCUUCCAUUUUUGAUCAGGUUUUCAGUGGAAAGCAUUUUUGAUAAGUUCCCAGUUGAGCUAUAUGGAGAGGAGGGACCAACUGGGCCCAAGGAGAAGAACAAUUGGGUGGGGGAUGAGAGAGAUUAACAUAACCCCAUGGUCCACUCACUUGAACAGUCCCAUUGGUGUUGUUCCAUACAUGUUAAAGAGUGUGCAUUCGGAAAUAGUCAAUCUUGUACCAGUGUAUACUAUCAUUCUUGUAAACAUAUUGUAGAGCAUGGAGGUAGAGAGAGAGGGAGAUUCUUCUGUUUUAAAGUAAGUUUGUUGAAACAAAGGUGAAAUUUCAGGUUCUUGCAUGUUAGAAGAAGUCAAACAAUCAAGAACCAGAUGAAUUGAAGAUUGCAGGAGUACCUUUUAAACAGAUCUACAGAGAAGCUGCACGAGAAUACUGUCUGUACUGGUCUUGUAAGAAGAUGCUUUUGAUGGUCUAGCUAUGAAACAUUUGGAUAUCAAUGGUUUCCUUGUCUAAGUUCACAUCUCUUGUUUGGAACCAGAUGGCGACAUCACAGCAAAGGAGAAAGCAAUUCUCUGUGAAUCAGACUAGAAGAGCAGUGUCCCUGGAAGGGGGAUUCAUACCAGCUGCACUAAUGCUCCUAUAGUCUAUACCAGGCUGCGGAAGCUCCUCUACCCCUUGAACCCAUAUACUCAGAGGAGUCGUGGCUGUGCUAGCUUCACUUUUCUCUCUCAUUCUCUCUGUCUCUUCCUCCCGCCAUCUCUCUUUGGUGUAAUGUAGAAGUUGAGUUUUGGGAAAAGUUGCGAGUUUGAUAAAAAGAUUGAAUUGUGCGUAUGGUUUGAACUUUUCCAGUGAUAGUGAUGCCAGUAACUGAAAAUUCAGGUACUCACUUCUCAUCAGAUUGCAUAUACUACACUGGAAGUCCAUGUUUUGAGUGUUGUAAAUGCUUCCUUUAUGGUUCUCAGUAGGAUUUUGUGGUUAUCAGUUCUUGUAGUUUGGUAUCUUUUUGUAGACACAACGAAUGUGAAAUGUGUGAAUCUGUCCAUUUGAAACCAAAAUUUAUUUACC